UCUCUCUCUCAAAUGCCUUUUCUUCGGAAAAUCGCUUUUGGGUUUGUCCAAAACCACAUAUCUUCAGACCAGCAUAUGAAGAUCGCAUCCUCCGGUCACGGUGCCGCAUCCCUUUCUCCCUGGACAUUGUGCAUCUCACCAAUUAAAUGCCCUCCUUUUCACAAUCAUGCAUGGCCAAUGCGCCUCCAAUGUCGAGUCUCCAGGUAGCAUCCAUUUUCUUGUCAGAUUUCAAGUCGAGAGAGAGAGUCACCUGAUGUGGGGUGGUGCACUGUGGAGGCCUGACUUCGCACUGUGGGGGUCGGGAGUUGUAGAGCUGUGCGUGAUCUAUGGUAAAAUUUUGGACAAGACGAUGUAGAAAUGGGUACUGAUCGAGCUUCAGACUCAGAAAUUUCAAAAUUUCUUAAUAAAUAACAUGCCACGUCAACUUCCCUUUUAAUUAAUGGCCAGGAACCUCAUUCACACCGGCAGCCGUCCAGAUCAAUGGUGCAAUCCACCAUGAAUAUAUUGUGGAUUCUGUUUAUGUUGUUCUACAAUUGGCUUUUAUUCACCACCGGUACUAGUGUUUCUAAAAGACCCGAUGUUGUCAACAUUGGGGCUAUUUUGUCCUUCAAUUCUUCCAUUGGCAAAGUGGCAAAAGUUGCGCUAGAAGCUGCAGUAGAAGAUGUCAACUCCAAUCCAGUUGUUCUAAGUGGAACAAAGCUGAAACUCGCGAUGCAGGAUUCAAAAUCAUCUGGCGGAUUUCUCGGAAUUGUUGAGGCUUUACGGUUUAUGGAGAAUGAUACAGUGGCCAUAAUCGGUCCCCAGCACUCAGUAAUGGCUCAUGUAGUUUCACAUAUUGCGAAUGAGCUCCAAGUCCCUCUAUUAUCCUUCGCAGCAACGGACCCCACUCUGAAUUCACUUCAGUUCCCUUAUUUUGUUCGAACAACGCAAAGUGAUCUCUUCCAAAUGGCUACAGUUGCAGAUAUUGUACGAUACUACGAAUGGCAAGAUGUCAUAGCAAUCUAUGUUGAUGAUGAUCAUGGCAGGAAUGGGGUUGCUGCAUUGGGGGACAAGCUAGCUGAUAAUCGCUGUAAAAUCUCAUACAAAGCACCUCUGAACCCCAAACUAAGCCGGGAAGACAUCACCAAGACACUGGUUAAGGUGGCUUUGAUGGAGUCUCGGAUUAUUGUCCUCCAUAUUUAUGCUACUUGGGGUCUAGAGGUGCUUGAUGCGGCAUGGGAUAUGGGGAUGAUGGGAAGUGGAUAUGUGUGGAUAGCUACUGAUUGGCUCUCUACAGUACUUGACACAGAGUCUUCCCUCCCAUCUGAAGCAAUGGACAGGAUGCAGGGGGUUCUUACGUUGCGUAUGCACACUCCGGAUUCAGAACUCAAAAGGAAAUUUGUUUCUGGAUGGAGCAACUUAACUGCUGCAAAGUCGGACAAUGGUCUUUUUGGACUAAAUAGUUAUGGUCUUUAUGCCUACGACACUGUUAUGCUUCUUGCGCAGGCACUUGACGCAUUCUUAAAUCAGAGGGAGAACAUUUCAUUUUCAAAUGAUCCGAGUUUAAGCGAGUUUCGUGGAGGGAACUUGCAUUUUGAUAAUAUGAGCAUCUUUGAUGAAGGGAAUCAUUUGCUUAAUAGCAUUUUGCAGGUUAACAUAACUGGAGUAACAGGCCAAAUCAAGUUCACUUCAAAUGGGAAUCUCAUGCAUCCUGCUUAUGAAGUCAUCAAUGUCGUUGGCAAAGGGAUGAGGACAAUCGGUUAUUGGUCCAAUUCUUCCCGUUUAUCUGUUGUGCCUCCAGAAAAGCUCAACACAGGAACCCCUUCCGAUCAUCUUUAUGGUGUGAUAUGGCCUGGACAGACAACCCAAAAGCCUCGUGGGUGGGUAUUCUCAAGCAACGGAAGGCAACUGCGAGUUGGAGUACCAAACCUUGUCAGUUUCCGUCAAUUUGUCUUCCGAGUCGGUAACUCAGACAUCUUUCAUGGGUAUUGCAUUGAAGUAUUCCUUGCUGCAGUUGAAUUAUUACCUUAUGCACUGCCUUAUAAGUUUAUUCCAUUCGGAGAUGGACAUAGCAAUCCAAUAAAGACGGAUCUUCUAUACAAUAUCACAACGGGGGACUUUGAUGCUGUAGUUGGCGACAUUACAAUUACCACCAAUCGGACAAAGAUGGUGGAUUUUACACAGCCAUACAUCGAGUCCGGGCUAGUCGUAGUUGCCCCUGUUCGGAAGUUGCACUCUAGUGCUUGGGCUUUUCUGAGACCAUUUACUCCGAUGAUGUGGACCGUCACAGGUAUAUUUUUCCUUGUUGUUGGAGCAGUUGUUUGGGUUCUGGAGCGCAGGACAAAUGAUGAUUUCCAGGGUCGUCCUAGAAAACAAUUUGUCACGACCGUAUGGUUUAGCUUUUCAACCUUGUUUUUUACUCAUAGAGAAAAGGUUGACAGCACCCUCGGUCGGUUAGUGCUUAUCAUAUGGCUAUUUGCGGUUCUCAUACUGAAUUCGAGUUACACUGCAAGUCUGACCUCAAUCCUUACGGUGGAACAGCUUUCUUCCCCCGUCAAAGGGAUCGAAAGUUUAGCAACAAGCAAUGAUCCCAUUGGUUACCAGAAUGGUACGUUUAUUGACAGUUAUUUAACAGAAGAGUACCACAUACAGAAGUCCAGACUUGUUCCUCUCAACUCGGCAGAAGAAUAUGAGAGAGCCUUGAAGGAUGGUCCUCAGAAGGGUGGGGUCUCUGCAGUUGUUGACAUGCGUGCAUAUAUGGAGCUCUUCCUGUCCACCAGAUGCGAUUUUAGCAUAGUAGGUCAAGAGUUCACCAAAAUGGGGUGGGGUUUUGCGUUUCCAAGGGAGUCGCCACUGGCCGUUGACCUGUCAACAGCCAUCUUGAAACUGUCUGAGAAUGGGGAAUUACAAAAUAUUCAUGACAAGUGGCUUACAAGAAAAGCUUGCAGCUCAGAAGGUGCAAAGCAAGACGUAGAUCGCCUUCCGCUUAAAAGCUUCUGGGGACUCUUUCUACUCUGUGGGUCAGCUUGCCUGCUUGCUCUGCUUUUGUUUAUCAUCAAGAUGGUCCGCCAGUACAUGAGGCGUUCUGGACAGAGCUCGCAAUCGCAAUCUGCACCAAUUCAAUCAUUUCUGGCUUUUGUUAAAGAAAAAGAAGAGGAUGAUAAUAGAAUGGAAUUAGAGGAUGGACAAAGCAGGUCCAAGAGAAGGCCAAGGAAGAUGGUCUCCAAUAGAAGAGUGCGUGAAUUAGAUGAAUCUGUAAACGAUUCUGAUCAUGCUUCUGUUUGUGGUGGCAAUGUGAAUGAGGUCCACUACGUAGUGUGAUUACGAUGGCUGGCCUGCCUCGUAGUUGCAUCGAAUUGCGAGUCUACGAAAAGGACGUGGACUUCAUAUAUAAAUUAAUGGAUGCUCAUGUUAAUUAUGUUAUUAUAUAGAGUGAUCAUCGAACGUACGUAUAA